AUGGCGUUUCAUUCUCUCCCUGCGCUUCUAAUUGCGACCACAGCGGCAACACGUACCGCCGCUGCCGUUGUCGAGCGGGCCUCCUCGGCUGCCACUGCCAAGUUCUGCGGGGCCCCGAAUGAUUACCAAGUCAUCUCAGGCACUCCUUGGAUCGUGUAUUCGAUGAACUACAACUAUCAGGAUAUCUCGGGAUCCUGCUGCACGGAGUACUUUGACUUCACUGGGUCAGGGGACGACCAGACGAUCCACUGGUCCAGCGUUUGGGAUAUUGACGAGGCUGUUUCGACCAACGUCGUCAAAGGCUAUUCUUUCAUUGGAUUGACGCAAAACCUCGAGACUCAGCUCAGUGCUAUCUCUUCCAUCCCUAGUACCUACGAAUGGACUAUUAGCAAUACGACAGCGUACAAAGGAAACGUGGUCUAUGACUUCAUGACAUCCGAUACUAAAGGAGACUCUACAUCAACAAAUGCCCAAGAACUCAUGCUGUGGCUUCAUUAUGAAGGCGGACAGGUCCCAAUUGGAUGGUCAGAGGGUCCCGUUGCGACAAUCAGCCUGUUCGGCAAAGACGGCUGGAAGUUGUACCAAGGGAAGAACACAGACACAGGAAUUACUGUUUCGUCAUUGUUGGUGCCCGAGAACGACAAAUACCAGGGAAACUUCACUGGCGACAUUAAGGACUGGCUCUUGGCUAUGUCUGAACAAGGCAUUUUUGGCACCGACACAUACGUCAACGUUGGCAAUGGCGGAAUGGAGCCAUACUGGGGUACAGUUACCUUCGACAACCAUCUCAGUCUGAGAAUCAACCUGUGA